CCCGGCGGUGUCGGGAGCGCGGCGAUGGCGGGCGCGAGGAUGAGAUGGUUCUCUGCAAUACUUCAGGGCUUUCUAUUGGCUUUAGUGGGUCUCGGAAUAUGGGACGUGUUGUUUGUGUACGAAGAGAACAGGUGCAGCAUGACCUACAUGUUCGAGUACCCAGAAUAUAUUAAGAUCAAGCUUCCAUAUAAAGUUUCCAGUAAGUACCAAAAUUAUGGCCUGUAUCUUUAUGGAGAGGGAGACUCUGCUGAAGCACACAAUCUGAAAACCACAGGAAUCCCUGUUCUAUUUCUUCCUGGAAAUGCUGGAAGUUACAGACAAGUUCGUUCCCUGGGCUCUGUUGCACUAAGGAAAGCUGAGAACAUACAUAACAAAUUCCACUUCGAUUUUUUUAGCAUUGAUUUUAAUGAGGAGCUUGUUGCACUCUAUGGUGGAAGCCUUGAAAAGCAAACGAAGUUUGUACAUGCAUGUAUAAAAGUAAUUCUUAAACUUUACAAGGAUCAAAAAGGUGCACCCUGCAGUGUCGCCAUUGUGGGCCAUUCAAUGGGUGGCAUUAUUGCUAGAGCACUAUUCACUUUACCCAACUUCAAACCAACACUGAUAAGUCUUAUUAUAACUCAAGCUACACCUCAUGUUGCACCAGUCCUACCAGUGGACAGCUACCUCAUAGACUUUUACAAUACUGUGAACAACUACUGGAUUCUCAAGGAAAAAGACUUAAGAAAUAUCACUGUUCUCUCGAUGGGCGGUGGUUUCCGUGAUUAUCAAGUCCGGUCUGGUCUAACAAUUUUGCCAAGUCUGGGCCUUUACAAUAAUACUCUAAAUGUUGUGACAUCAGCGGUCCCAAGAGCAUGGCUCUCAACUGAUCACCUUUGCAUAGUUUGGUGUAAAGAGCUGGUCCUAGCCACUGUUAGAGCUUUUUUUGAUCUUGUUGAUCAUCAGACCAAUCAGAUAACAUCAGAUCUAGAGAAGAGGAUAUCUGUUCUCCAUCAUCAUUUUGUCAACUAUUCAGAAAAGUACUCUGAGGAUAAUCUUGAGUCUUCAGUCGAAUUCUCAGAUUCAUCUGCAACAUGGAGUGUAAUUAACACAUACAGUUGGACUUAUAGCAGUCCAGAGUUUUCUGCAUGGGAACCCAAGGCAGCAUAUUUUCUUUUACCGCUUCCAAGUGAGGGGGAACCCCACAAUAAUUUAUAUUGUCGAACUACUAAUUUGGAGCCAAGUACUUGGAUCUAUGGCUGUGUGAAGGUUGACCAGUCUGUUUGUCAGGAAGGCAUUGACUUGACUGGGGAAGCAGAAUUGUUGAAAAUGUACAAGAUAGUAAACUUCAAUCUGGAUGAUUACCGUUCUUUCUCUCAUUUUAUCAUUCAUAUAUCUAAGGCUAAUGUCAAUAAACGGUUCAACAUAGAAUGUGAAUUCUUGAGGGCAGAGUCCAGAAUGAUGACCACCCAAGUGACAAAUAUCCUGUCUUUUGGUACCUCUAGCAACAGAGUUGUUAUAAACUCUGCUGGUCUGAUUCACAAGGUGAAGCUUCAGAACUUUAAUCAGAUAUAUCAGGCUUUUAAAAUCCAUGUCAGGAGUAACUGCCAGUUUACCCAUGGGAAGACAGAGGAUGUGUACAGAUUUCAUGUACCAUGGUCACAUGAAGAUUUUGUUGUGACAACAAGUGUGCCUUCUUCUACUGUGAUCUUUGCUAAACUUCACAGUGCAAGACCUGAAAAUGAUAGCUCCGUACCAGAGUUGCAGCUUCACACGGCUAGAAGUUGUCAAUAUGAGAUAACCAUCAGGACUUCUUUCCUUGAAGUACUUGGGCAGCUGAUCAGAUUCCAUGGUAUACAUCUGCCUACAUAUGUUGUUGUGAACAUUCUAUUAGCAUUUGGAAGACAAUUAAUCCAUCUUUAUUCUGAAGGUCACUGUUUGGACUUCAAUAGUGCCUUAAAUGCGGCAUCAAAACCAUAUAAAGUAAUUCCAUUUAUCAAUUUGGUAAUUUUUCUUUUAAGAUAUGACUGGUUUAAGGAGACAUGGUCUAAUCUCAUGUUGCCUGAGAUUGAUGUCCUUCCUUCAAAUGAGCAAGGAAUCGCUUACCCGAUGAUAUCUAUUCUCCUUUUCCUAUUUGGAACAGCUAUUGCCUAUUGGAAUGGAAUAUUCUUGCGUGUCUUACUUAGGCAGCUUUCCUUCUUGUGGUCAAUCUUUCAAAGGCCACGUGUCAUUCAAAAGGAAUAUAAGAAAUUAAAUUUUCGAAGUUCAAGUAUUAUGAUUGUCCUGCUCUUUAUCAUCUGGACCACCUGUGGUGCAGCGGCUCUUAUACUUGGUUACAUUCUUUAUCUUGUUAAGGUCCUAAGCCUGCAAGCUUCAGUACGCACAAUGAAAAGCAUUCUUAAUUUGGCACCAAAACAGGAAAUUAUAAAGCAAGGUGCAUUUGCUUGUGGUGCAAAAGAAGGCGACACGUCUAGAACAAAAGAGCCAGAACAACUGAGUCCAGACAGCAAUAAAUUGCUAUCAGUUUCAGAUGUAGAUGAUGCAGUGGACACUCUUCAGAUUCAUACUACAAUUCUACAUUUAUUGAAUUGGGUUAUUCUAUUUAGUGCACCUUCAUUUAUUUACUGGUUUAAAAAUCUCAGGUAUUCUAGGAGACUUGAUCCUGACCCCUGUGGUUCUAUUGCAAUUAUCCUGGUGUUCUCAAUGGGACUUCUCAUUAAUUCACAUUCAACUUCAGUUAAGAGAAGCAAGCUCCUGAAACACACAGCAAGACUGCAGCUCCUCUUAGCCAUUGCCGCGGCAGCCUUUGGAUUAGAACACUUGUACAGGGUUCCUUAUUUUGUUACAUUCUCAUUGGUUUUAUAUUCACUUGGUUGCCUGGUGUAAAUGACUUGGUAACAUGUUGACUUAUCAAUUUAAUUCAUCGUACAUUCAGCUUCUCUCAAUGUACAUUUUGUAAUUUUUCUUAAACAUAAU